AUGAACCCUGUAACAGCUCCACCUAAUUAUGAACUUUCCCAACUCACAGCUUUUAUGAAAGCCGAGACCAAAACAUUAGGGACUGUACAGAUCAUGAUUGGCAUUUGCACUUUUUUGCUUGGUAUCGUUUUAUCCACAGAUUAUCUUUCGCCAUUGGUCCUCAGUGGAAUCACUCUGUGGGGAUCAUUUCUCUUUUUAUCUUCUGGUGCUCUGUCAGUUGCUGCAGCGAACAACUCUAAUUCCUGUGUGGUUAAAGCUGCCCUGGGACUGAAUGUGGCGAGUGCCGUGGUUGCAGGUCUUGCUCUCAUUCUGCUUGUAGCGGACAUGAUAUAUGUGUACAGUGACACCAGGAAUCUGGUACGUGUCUCACUGAUGACACAUAAAGUACAAUCUUUGUUAUACGGAAUCAAUGGAGUCCUGUUUAUUUUCUCUCUGCUUGAGUUGAUCAUUUCUAUCUGCCCUUCUGUUUUUGCCUGUAAAGACACCUGCUACACUGAGACCACAGGUCUUUCGGUCCGAUAUGUCACAAUUCCCAAACCAGACAGUGAUGCAGCCGCUCAGGUUGCUGUCAAUAGUUCCUCUAUAGAAGGUGGUCAGGAUCGGUGGUGA